AUGCAUCUCAUCACACUGUUGGCCGUUUGCAUUGCGGCUGUUGCCGCAUCCCCGGAAACCUUUGAACCAUCUCAGAGGAUCGUAGGUGGCACAGUUACGACUAUUAACCAAUGGCCUUUCAAAGCCAAUGUUAUGGCUGGAAGUGGCAAUAACUUUCGACAGUGGUGUGGCGGUACCAUCAUUAACAACAGAAACAUUUUAAGCGCUGCUCAUUGUGUUCGCACACCGACUAUGAAUCUGGGAGCUCAUCAGAUGCGUUUGCGUCUUGGUUCAACCUGGGCCAAUAGCGGUGGAGUUGUUCACAACGUUGCCCAACUCAUUAUUCACCCAAGUUACAACAUGUGGACCAUCGAUAGUGAUAUUAUGCUUCUGCGCAGCAGUAGAACAAUAGUUUACUCCAAUGUGAUUCAACGUGGAAUAAUCGCCGGCCCUAACUACCAUCUCCAAGACAACCAAGUAGUUUGGGUACUAGGCUGGGGUGCUCAAUGGUUUCAAGGACCUUUCUCAGAGCAGCUCCGCCAGGAAGACGAAUUCUUAAUAAUGGGUGAUUUUAAUAUGAGCAAGAUUCAAUGGAUUCCAACAGAUCAAGGCCUUCAGCCUUCAAAUGCUAAAAAUUUGCUCAUAACUGCUAAACAUUUUACGACUGCGAUUUGA